AUGGAUUUCACGCAACUUGAUUGCGUUCUCGAACGUAUCGCAUCGCGGCACAGGGUGCAAGCGCAGGAAGUGCUGGACAAGUGGUUAGAGAGACGACGGAUCGGUAUUCCUGAUGGAUGGAGGCUGCUUGACGGUAUACCUUGCAUUAUUGGGGGGCUGACAGGACUUCUCGGACCACUCGAAGGACGAGGGGGCAACUUUCCCUGGAAAACGUUACCCGCCAUCCUAGCCCGUCGUGGCUAUAUCCUUGAAAACUACCCGGAAAACAUACUAAUGCCCGGUGAAAGACGUGCAACACUCGCGAAGAGCAAGGGCAUACACGACCUCUCUAUCCACGAGCGGCGCGUCCUUGCAGAUGCCCUCAAGAAUAACUCCCUCACUGUCAAAACUGUCACAACAGACGCCCUUGAAAACCUCAUGGCUUCGCGUGUCCCCGUUGUGGGUGAGGAAAUAGGAAUGCAAACUCCGGAGAGUCACAAGAAUAUCUACCUCGAGAGGCGAGCUAGUAGAAUCGUCCCUUAG